AUGGAGAACAAUGAUGCAGACAAGAAAGAGACUGAUGACUCCACUCCGCAGCGUAGUCGUAAAGUCAGGAAGUCCUUAGUUCCUGAACUUAAAUUUGCACCCAAAGUUCUUCCUAAGAAAACGGCGAAAAUCAUCCCUAAAAGGGAACCACAUGAGGAGAACAAGGUUUUGACAAUUGAUAGGAAAGUGAUGACUGGAAUUGGUAGCUUCCAGAUAACUGAUAACCCCAGAAAUGGAGCUAAGGCUGAGAAACAAGACCCUUCAGUUCCAAGGACUUUCCCCACUCCAAGAAGCUCUUCAACAGGUGCAGCUGCUGUAAAAUUACUCAAGGAGCAUGACGAACCAUGGGAUUACAAAUGUACCAAUUAUCCUGUUACUCUACCACAGAUGGCCCAACUCUGGAGAUACAGGUUCUCUUGUUCCUGUUUCUUAGUUUCUUCUGUGUUUGGCAAAAAUCUUGAUGAAGAGGAAUUCAGCCAUUCUUUGAGCAGAGCCCAAGAUGGUGAACUGACAGCAGCUGAAGAACUUGGUCUGAUGGAAAGGGUGGAUAUGCCACAGUUGCUUUUCUUCCAGUUUCCUACUUCUCUUCCUUUACCAAGGGAAACUGACCCAGCUGCUGAAACAGAGACAAAUAACAUUGUCAAUGCGAAUACAAAAUCCAUGGGGAACUAUAGGAAGAGGAUGCUUGACUCAGGCAAUGCCUGUAGUCUGAAAGAGCUCCCAGGUGGUCUCAUGGGAAAGAUACUCGUAUACAAGAGUGGUAAAGUGAAGAUGACGCUCGGUGAUGUGCUCUUUGAUGUUGCGGCUGGCUCCAAUUGCAUGUUUGCUCAAGAGGUUGUAGCGAUUGACACUAGGGAGAAGCACUGCUCUAGCAUGGGGGAGCUUGGAAAACGUGCAAUUGUAACACCUGAUAUCGACUAUUUGCUAGAUUCUAUUGAGAAGAUGUAG